GGUUAGGUAGUAGGUUGAUAAGAAAAGCUCAAGUAAACAUCGAAACCUCUGAACAGUUUACAUAUUUACACAUUUUAAAAAUGCCUUUCCUGUAAGACUUAAAGUUAAAACGUGUAACCAUGGCUUUCGUCACCAUCACUGAUCGUCCUUACAGCGAUAAAGAAAGAUGGAUUCGUAUUUACCCUGCAUACUUAAACCGAAAGAAGACUCUUGCAGAAGGACGUAGAGUUCCUAAGGAGAAAGCAGUGGACAAUCCAACCCAUCAAGAAAUUCGUGAUGUUCUUACCGCUGCAGGUUUCAGAGUAGGAGUUGAAAAUAAAUUGUAUUGCCGAGAGAGGGGCAAAGAGCUGAAUCAAAGAGGCUGCAUUCGACUUCAGUUGAAAAAUGAUGAUGGAACACCGUUCAAAGAGGAACUUGCUACAAGAGACUCAGUAUUACACCACCUCUGUGAUAUGAUCCCCAAGUUAAAAUCAAGAAAUGUUAAAAGUGGAGGCAGCGAACAAGGAGGACAGCCUAGCACUAGUCAAGGUGGCGGGAAAAAGGCUAAAAAGAACAGAAGAUAAUUUGGUGGCAAGGUUCUCGCAUUUUUUUUCUCUUUUAUUGAAUGUAUUGAAUCAUGAAGGAACAAAGUGCAUUGCGUUGAUUCAAAAUCUCUUUCCCAAUUUAUUUUCUGCGGAGGAAAA